AUAACAUCACUGAUGAUGUCAUCACCACAGUCAUAUCUUCUCCACAAUUUUCAACCUUUAUAUCCCAACAUUUUCGCAAACUCUCCACCCCUCUCUCUCUCGCUCUCUCUCUCUCUUCUCUGGAAGAAAAAAAUGGAGAUAUCAGUUGCAUCGGUAACAAUUUCAGUAGCUGUAGUUGUUACAUCAUGGUUGGUAUGGAGAGCUUUACAGUGGGUUUGGUUUAAACCAAAGAUGCUUGAGAGUUACCUGAGAAGACAAGGUCUUCCCGGAACUUCUUACACGCCUCUCGUCGGCGAUGUGAAGAGGAAUUUCAGCAUGUUGACAGAGGCAAGAUCAAAACCCAUCAACCUAACGGAUGAUAUCACACCACGUGUCAUGCCUCAUCCUUUGCAAAUGCUCAAGACUCACGGAAGGACUUACUUUUCAUGGUUUGGACCUGUACCAAUCAUCACCAUAAUGGAUCCUGAGCAAAUCAAGGAAGUGUUCAACAAAGUUUAUGAUUUCCAAAAGCCGCAUACAUUCCCUUUGGCCACACUGAUAGCUAAAGGACUCGCUAAUUAUGAUGGUGAUAAAUGGGCAAAACACCGAAGAAUCAUCAACCCGGCUUUCCACCUUGAGAAGAUCAAGAAUAUGGUACCUGCGUUCUACCAAAGCUGUAGCGAGGUUCUUGGCGAAUGGGAGAAGUUAGUGUCAGAUAAAGGGUCUUCGUGUGAGGUAGACGUUUGGCCUGGGCUUGUGAGUAUGACUGCAGAUGUGAUCUCUCGUACUGCUUUUGGCAGCAGCUACAAAGAAGGACAGAGGAUCUUUGAGCUCCAAGCAGAACUAGCACAGCUCAUCAUUCAAGCUUUCCGGAAAGCCAUCAUCCCUGGAUUUAGUUAUCUCCCGACAAAAGGUAACAGAAGGAUGAAAGCAACAGCUAGAGAAAUCCAAGUUAUACUGAGAGGGAUUGUUAACAAAAGGUUAAGGGCGAGAGAAGCUGGCGAAGCACCAAGUGACGAUUUGCUGGGUAUACUUCUUGAAUCGAAUUUGGGGCAAACGAAAGGAAACGGUAUGAGUACUGAGGAUCUGAUGGAGGAAUGCAAGUUGUUCUAUUUCGCGGGGCAAGAGACGACAUCAGUACUUCUGGUCUGGACGAUGGUUCUGUUAAGCCAACACAAAGACUGGCAGGCUCGUGCACGAGAAGAAGUGAAGCAAGUUUUUGGCGAUAAAGAGCCUGAUGCAGAAGGUCUCAACCAGCUCAAAGUUAUGACAAUGAUAUUAUACGAGGUCGUAAGGCUAUAUCCACCAGUAACACAGCUGACCAGAGCCAUUCACAAAGAGAUAAAGCUAGGAGACCUAACACUACCAGGCGGUGUUCAGAUCAGUCUACCCAUUCUGCUAGUCCAACGGGACACGGAGCUGUGGGGAAACGAUGCAGGGGAGUUCAAGCCAGAGAGAUUCAAAGACGGUCUCUCAAAGGCAACAAAGAGCCAAGUCUCCUUCUUUCCUUUUGCAUGGGGACCAAGGAUAUGCAUCGGCCAGAACUUUGCAAUGCUUGAGGCAAAGAUGGCAAUGGCUUUGAUUCUACAGAAAUUCUCGUUUGAGCUUUCUCUUUCAUAUCUUCAUGCGCCUUACACAAUCAUCACCAUUCACCCACAAUUUGGUGCUCAGCUUAUCCUGCAGAAGCUCUAAAAUACUACUACCCUUUUCGUUUUUUUCAAAUAAGCUUGUUGUUGUUAUACACAGAUGAAACGAGUUAGAUCACACAAUAUACAAAAACUGAAAUCUUUUUAAUGUAUUCAAGUCAGAAGUUCUGACUCAUAACUUGAACAAAUCUCUGUUUGAAACUAGAACCCAAUAUAAAGGAACGAAAUUUAAGACU